AAGAUGGCGGUGAAAACCAUGUGUAAGAAUGUGUUUAUCUUCUGUAUGACUUAAGAUGGAACUUUGUCGAUUGUGCGGGGGACAAUUACCACAGAAAUUUCGUAGGGUUAUAUUUUCACCUUCGUUCAAGGUUUUUAAACAACUGUCGGAAGUUUUAAAUCACAGCCCGUGUGAAAAUGACAGUCUAUCCCGGUACGUGUGUUACCCUUGCUUUAACAAAUUAAAUAAAUUGGAAAAAAUUGACUAUGAUUUAGAAAAUAAACUUAAGGCACUAGAAGCAGAAAAGUCUUCCAUAUUGCAAGAACUGCGAUAUAAACAUGGUUUACAUUCUUCGAGACAAGUCUCGACUUCGACAUUUACAACAUCAACCGGAAUUUCCUCAGAUCACAAUAGCGUUUCCUUGCCUACAAGUAGUAAAGUUCUUGCCACUCCGACGAAGUGUACAACUCGGACAAAGAGGACAAUUGUUCACACACCUACCCCAAGAAAAUUUAAGGUCCAAGUCACUCCACGGAAAAUAAUUUCGGCUGCUCCUUCAUCCAGAAAGCGUUUAGGACAUCUUUUAUUAUCACCACUGAAAGCAAAGGUGUCCUAUAGAGGUCAGAAUGACCAGAAAGUGAGAUCAAGAAUUAUCAAAGAAAAGGGGCUUUAUGGUGUAGUUGUUGGACUUGUUCGAGGCAAUAAACCAGAAGUUAUUUUAAACAAACUAUUAAAAUCAAAAGGCUUCAAAGAAAAAGCUUUCAAAACAAUAACAAAAUAUGUGAAAGAAGAAUGUAGGUUACUUUGUGGCAAGAAGGAUGCAUCUGUCUUGCGAGGCAAUUCUCCUGAUUGUUUGGCUUCUGUAGAUUUUCAGGAGAUUGCUACUGAAUUGAGGAAAAGAGCUCCUGGUUUUUCCCAAUUGCUAUCAGACAUUAUGAACACUACAGAACCAGUGGCCUUAGUGUCGUCAGCAGCCAUAUUGCUGCAUCAUAGGAAUCAAAAUAUGUCAUUGAUUCAUCAUGUAGUUGGUCAGCUACUGGAGCAUGGUGGAGCCACAGAUGAAACAAUAGAUUUGCUGGCAUAUCUAGGACUCUCUGUUGGACGUUCAUCAACUCAAAAGAAACACACUUUACUGGUGAACAGACAGAAAGAAAAGAUUGAAGAAACAAUCAUCCGUCAAGUACAUCAAUCAAGUAUUCGGUACAAAAUGGAGAAAACCAAAGAAAUGGUAACACUUCUUGAGGAAAAAGAUGUAACUGAUACAUGCAGCUCAAGCCAGUUUACAAGUUCCAGUCUGCUACAAACUUCACAAGGUAGUGCAAUAUUUCACCCAUACUUUGAUGUGAAAUUUUCAACUAAGAAUGAAAAUCAGGGUAUAGUAGUUGCAAAGUCAUCCAUGUCAUAUGAUACAGUAGAUUCUUACAAAUCUAGAUGUACAGCCCCACAAACCAAUCAGCUUUCACCACUUAACAUUUUUACUAGUAUUGGUGUGAUACAUUGUCCUGCUGUCUCCAUGUUCUCAUGUUUUGAAGUUAGUCCAAAUAGUGGGGUGGUCCAGUCAAAUAGUAAAUCUACUAGAUAUUAUGGUGAGAAGUAUGCUUCUCAACUUGAAGCUCAGUUACAAGAAUCUGACAUUCAACCAGCAUUUGAUGUAAUUGGUGACAACUUGGACAUACUAAAAUCAACGUCUUCAAUGACAAAAAAGCAAAGAAAGAGCUUUCACUGGUUUCUCUUGGUUGGUCUCCAGAGAAGAGUUUUAGUUCCAAGUUUGCCAGAUGAUAAACCAAAACAUGACAUUUUAACCUUGCCCAACCACUCAUUUCUACCCAGCUCUGAGGAAAUUAAAAUUUUUGAGAGCAACAUGGUACAUCACAUCUUAAAAGUUCUUACAAAACAUGUCGGAUGUCUAAAACCCUUUACAGAAUGUGUACCAAAAUAUAUCGCCCAUCCUUUCAUAGAGCAAACUUCCAAAAGAUCAACAUACUUUAUUUUGGAUUUGAUGGACAAAAAUGAAAACUUGCAUGAUGACAUGAUUAGUAUUCUAGAACACAUUCACCAAAAGUAUAUUGCACACACUUCUGGAGAAAAUGCGGAGGUGAUAGAGAGGAAAGUGUUUGGUGGUGAUGUACUGACUAAUGAGCGUGCAUAUACAGCACAGUUAGCUAUGCUUAAUUGUGAGACGAAUUACCACAAACUUGGAGGAAUUAUUCAUAGACCAGAGGGCCUCCAUAGAAUGAUGAACUUUCUGCUGUUCAUAUACCAGGAGUUCUACAAACCAUCCUCUUCCUUUGAACAAGGGACUUUAUAUCAGUUAAGAAAUGUCAUUCAUAGAGUUGAUGUCACUGGAAAAGAAAGAGUUGUGGAAGCAUUCAGAGCUCAUUUUGCAUUUGUGGAGGAUGCUUUAGAUGCAUUCAUUCUUGGGGCCGCAAUGGACGUCAUGGGUUUAGAAGAUAUCAAUGGAUCUCCUCAACAGUUUAACCCAAAUACCUUAUCCUUGUUGAGUGCUGAGGACCAGUUCUCAUGGUUUAAGAAGUUGGCAGAGGCCAUCAUUGACAAGCACAUAAAUCUACAAGAUUCAACUGAUCUUCAAGAAAUGACACAGGCAUCUGCUGAAAGAGAUACACAGGAUAUUCUUAUUAAAAACAUGUUUGACCCAAUGCUGAAACAAUAUGAGUGUACAUGCAGAAAGAAAUACAAGACACUUGGCUACUUCAAACGCCACUUGGAGAAGGAACAUAACUGGCAGUUUCCCACUGAAACAGUUCACGACACCCAGAACACAGAUAAGAUUGCAGUUUGGCGUGCAUCAUUCAUGAAAACUGCUCUUAUAUUAAGAGACACUUGUGAUGCAUAUAAAAUGGGUGAUGGAGAUAGAAUAUUCAUGAAUGCGAAAUUGGAAAUGCUUUGUGCCAGUGUUGCAGGGCACACUAAAUACCAGUUGUGGCUGUGGAGGAUGAUGGCAUAUGAACAAGCAGUGCUUUCACCUAAGAAAGCAAUGGAGUAUAAGUGGAAUACCACAGCAAAUAUCAGCGGAACUGUGGAUGGGAACAUUCCAAAUGACAAUUUAGUUGAACUUUGUGUCCAGUUAAUCAAGAAGAAGCUGAAAGAGCAGGGUGCAAAUUUCACAUUGAAGAGUGCACAAACAACUGCACUUGCUUGCCAAAUUCAGGAGGAAUUAAAAGAGAACAUUAGGCAACAGCUGUGUAAGAAAGCUGCAGGAAAAUCCAGAACCAGAUCUGACAAGUCAGCAGACAUCGCUCUUAUGUUGAAUGAAGUGAUUUCAGGUGGUCUAUUUAAAAACAUUCCAGGACGACAAUUUGAAAACUUUAAGAAUUUUAAGGGUGUUUUUGAAAAAGUUAAUCUUCACAAGCUUCAUCUUUGGAUAUCUAAGCACAAGGAAAUUGCAUCAUAUGAAAUGAUUUGAAGUUUAAGUGUUUACCUUGUAGAUGUAUUUUGAUAUACAGUAAAACUUGUGUAGUACAAACACGGAUAUAGCGAAUUCAAGGAUAUAGCGAAGUUUUUCUGGGUCCCCGGCAAAAUUCUUAACAAAUCUUUGUAAAACUUUAUGGUUAUAACGAACUCUGAUAUCAUGAAUUUACGGAUAUUGCAAACUGAUUUUGAGUCCCCUUGAGUUUAAUUGUGAUAAAAUUUACAUCUUUUAUAAGAAAUUUUGAAAGAUUAUAAAAAAUUGAUAAA